AAUUAAGGGGAAAAAAAAAAAUAAAUCAAAAUCACAAGCCUGACCCGCUUCCCCGUUCACCUCCCCCUUCCUCCUUCCUUUCUCCUCUUCAUCCAGCCGAGCCGAGGACUAUCCCAAUCGCCGAGGGGAAGGAAAAAAGGGGGAAAAACCCAAGAGCGGCGAGCAGCGGACCCCCAGCACGCCCCAUUGGUGCCGCUGCCCUUUGACAUGCAACCUUGCUUGGGAUGGGACCGGCCGGGAUGCAGCUGCAGCUUCGGGAGGCACUGCUGGCAGCUGGGCAUGGUGGCACUGCUGGCGGCCGAGGGCAGCGCCUGGAGCCGGGCACUGCUGCUCUCGCUGGGGCUGCUGGCAGGAUCGGCCAUGGCCCAGAACUGCAGUCACACAUUGCAGGGCCCAAACGGGACAAUACAGAGCCCAGGCUUUCCCUAUGGAUACCCCAAUUAUGCAAACUGCACGUGGACAAUCACUGCUGAGGAGCAGAACAGGAUACAGCUCGUUUUCCAGUCCUUUGCAUUAGAGGAAGAUUUUGAUGUAUUAUCCAUCUACGAUGGGCUGCCUGAGCAGGGCAAUCUGAGAACGAGGCUGACAGGGUUCCAGCUGCCUGCUCCCAUCGUCAGCACGGGCCUGGUGCUGUCCCUGUGGCUCGUCAGUGACUACGCCGUCAGUGCCCAAGGCUUCCAGGCCAGCUAUGAGGCCCUGCCCAGCCACACGUGCGGGAACCCGGGGCGGCUGCGGAACGGGGUCCAGCAAGGAACCACCUUCAGCAUCGGGGACAGGGUCAGGUACAGCUGCAACCCUGGCUUCUUCCUGGAGGGCCACGCCCUGCUCACCUGCCAGGCCAGCUCGGGACAAGGAGCCUCCUGGGAUUUCCCUCUCCCCGUCUGCAGAGCUGAUGAUGCCUGCGGAGGGACCCUGCGGGGCCAGAGCGGGAUCAUCUCCAGCCCUCACUUCCCCCUGGAGUAUGGCAACAAUGCAGACUGCACCUGGACCAUCCUGGCCGAGCCUGGGGACACCAUUGCCCUGGUGUUCAUGGAUUUUCAGCUGGAGGAUGGAUAUGAUGUUCUGGAAGUCGCUGGCACGGAGGGAUCCUCGCUCUGGUUCACUGGGAUGAAUUUGCCUGCCCCUGUGAUCAGCAGUAAAAAUUGGCUGAGGCUGCACUUCACCUCUGACGGCAACCACAGGCAGAAGGGCUUCAGUGCCCAGUACCAAGUCAAGAAGCAGAUGGAGCUGAAGUCCAGAGGGGUGAAACUCAUGCCCAGCAAGGACAACAACCAGAAGACGUCAGUGUUAACUCAGGUUGGUGUGUCCCAGGGACAUAAUUUGUGUCCAGACCCUGGGAUUCCCGAGAGAGGCAAAAGGAUAGGCAACGAUUUUAGGCUGGGCUCCAGCAUCCAGUUCUCCUGCAACGAGGGCUACGACCUGCAGGGCUCCAAGAGCAUCACCUGCAAGAGGGUCAGCGACAUCAUCGUGGCCUGGAGCGACCACCGGCCCGUCUGCAGAGCCAGGAUGUGUGACACGUACCUGCGCGGGCCCAGCGGCGUCAUCACGUCGCCCAACUACCCCGUGCAGUACGACAACAACGCCUACUGCGUGUGGGUCAUCACCGCCCUCAACCCCGCCAAGGUGAUCAAGCUCACUUUCGAGGAAUUCGAGCUGGAGAGAGGCUACGACACGCUGACCGUGGGGGACGGGGGCCAGGUCGGAGACCAGAAAUCCGUGCUUUAUGUCCUGACAGGCACCACAGUCCCUGACCUCAUUGUCAGCACCCAGCACCAGAUGUGGCUCCUCUUCCAGACCGACAGCGUCAGCAACCUGCUGGGCUUCAAAGCCACCUACGAAGAGAUUGACCAGGGCAGCUGUGGGGACCCCGGCGUCCCGGCCUUCGGCCGCCGCGAGGGCUCCCGGUUCCGCCACGGGGACACCCUGCACUUCCAGUGCCAGCCCGCCUUCGAGCUCAAGGGCCACAAAAGCAUCACCUGCCAAAAGAGCAGCCAGUGGUCUGCUCAGAAACCCGUGUGUGUUUUCUCCUGCUUUUUCAACUUCACCAGCCCGUCGGGGACUGUGCUGUCCCCCAACUACCCCGAGGAGUACGGGAGCAGCCUGCACUGCGUGUGGCUGAUCAUCGCCAACCCCGAGAGCAGGAUCCACCUGGCCUUCAACGACUUCGACGUGGAGCCCCAGUUUGAUUUCCUGGCCGUCAAGGACGGUGGCACAGCCGAGUCCCCCGUGCUGGGCACCUUCUCAGGGAGCCACAUCCCCUCCUCGCUGACCAGCAGUGGCCACGUGGCCAGGCUGGAGUUCCAGACUGACCACUCCAUGGAGAAGAGAGGGUUCAACAUCACCUUCACCACGUUCCGGCACAACGAGUGCCCGGACCCCGGCGUGCCGGUGAACGGGAAGCGCUUCGGGGACAGCCUGCAGCUGGGCAGCUCCGUGUCCUUCCUGUGCGACGAGGGCUUCAUCCGCACGCACGGCGCCGAGAGCGUCACCUGCGUCCUGCAGGAGGGCAGCGUGGUGUGGGACAACGCCGUGCUGCGCUGCGAAGCACCCUGUGGGGGCCACCUGACGUCACCCAGUGGAACCAUCCUGUCCCCAGGCUGGCCUGGCUUCUACAAGGACUCGCUGAGCUGUGCCUGGGUCAUCGAGGCCCAGCCUGGCUACCCCAUCAAGAUCACCUUCGACAGGUUCAAGACAGAGGUGAAUUACGACACCCUGGAGGUGAGGGAUGGCCGCUCCUACUCCUCUCCCCUGAUUGGGGUCUAUGACGGCACGCAGGUGCCCCAGUUCCUGAUCAGCACCAGCAACCACCUCUACCUCCUGUUCACCACGGACAAGAGCCACUCUGACAUCGGCUUCCAGAUCAGAUAUGAAACUGUGAAGCUGCAGUCCGACCACUGCCUGGACCCCGGCAUCCCAGUGAACGGGCAGCGCCACGGCAACGAUUUCUACGUGGGAGCCCUGGUGACGUUCAGCUGUGACCCUGGCUACACCCUGAGUGACGCUGAGGCCCUGGAGUGUGAGCCCAACUUCCAGUGGAGCCGGCCCCUGCCCAGCUGUGAGGCUCUCUGUGGGGGCUACAUCCGUGGCUCCAGUGGCACCAUCCUCUCCCCAGGCUUCCCUGAUUUUUAUCCCAACAACUUGAACUGCACGUGGACCAUAGAAACAUCCCACGGCAAAGGUGUGUUCUUCACCUUCCACACGUUCCACCUGGAGAACGGGCACGAUUACCUGCUGAUCACGGAGAACUCCAGCUUUGCCCAGCCCCUGAAGCAGCUGACGGGCUCGCGGCUGCCGGCCCCGCUCAGCGCGGGGCUCUUCGGCAACUUCGCGGCCCAGAUCCGCCUCAUCUCCGACUUCUCCAUGUCCUACGAGGGCUUCAACAUCACCUUCUCAGAGUACGACCUGGAGCCGUGUGACGAGCCCGAAGUGCCGGCCUACAGCAUCAGGAAGGGGCUGCAGUUCGGGGUGGGGGACGUGCUGAGCUUCUCGUGCUUCCCCGGGUACCGGCUGGAGGGCGCGGCGCGCAUCACCUGCCUGGGCGGGAGACGGCGAGUGUGGAGCGCGCCUCUGCCAAGGUGUGUUGCUGAGUGUGGCUCCUCUGUGACGGGGACCCAGGGUGUGCUGCUGUCCCCCAACUACCCCCUGAACUACAACAACAACCACGAGUGCAUCUACUCCAUCCAGAGCCAGCCUGGCAAGGGCAUCCAGCUGAAAGCCAGGACCUUCGAGCUGGAGGCAGGAGAUGUCCUCAAGGUCUACGAUGGCACCAACAGCUCUGCCCGGCUGCUGGGCACCUUCAGCCGCUCGGAGCUGCUGGGCACCAGCAUCAACAGCACCUCCAGCUCCAUGUGGCUGGAGUUCAUCACUGACACUGCCAACACCAGCAAAGGCUUCGAGCUGCAGUUCUCCAGUUUUGAGCUCAUCAAGUGCGAGGACCCCGGCGUGCCCCAGUUUGGGUACAAGGUGCACGACGAGGGACACUUUGCUGGCAGCUCAGUGUCGUUCAGCUGUGACCCUGGCUACACCCUGAGAGGCACCAGGGUGCUGGUGUGCCUGACUGGGGAGAGGAGAGCCUGGGACCAGCCCCUGCCGACCUGUGUGGCUGAGUGUGGAGGGACAAUCAGAGGAGAGACCUCAGGACGGAUCCUUUCUCCAGGAUAUCCAACUCCCUACGACCACAACCUCAACUGCAUCUGGACCAUCGAGGCAGAGCCUGGAUGCACCAUUGGGCUCCAUUUCAUGGUUUUCCACACCGAGGAGUUCCACGAUGUGCUGCGGAUCUGGGACGGGCCGGUGGAGAACGGGAUCCUGCUGAAGGAGAUGAGUGGCUCAGGGCUGCCUGGGGACAUCCACAGCACCUUCAACUCUGUCAUCCUGCAGUUCAACACCGACUUCUUCACCAGCAAGCAGGGCUUUGCCAUCCAGUUCUCAGUGUCCACAGCCACGUCCUGCAACGACCCAGGAAUCCCGCAGAACGGGAGCCGGAGCGGGGACAGCAGAGAGGCCGGGGACUCCAUCACCUUCCAGUGCAACCCCGGCUACACCCUGCAAGGGGAGGCCCAGAUCACCUGUGUGCAGAUCCAGAACAGGUUCUUCUGGCAGCCAGACCCACCCACCUGCACAGCUCCGUGUGGCGGGAUCCUGACGGGCCCGGCUGGGGUGAUCCUGUCCCCGCAGUACCCGGAGCCAUAUCCCCCAGGGAAGGAGUGUGACUGGAAGCUGACAGUGUCCCCUGACUAUGUCAUUGCCCUGGUGUUCAGCGUCUUCAGCCUGGAGCCUGGCUAUGAUUUCCUGCACAUCUACGAUGGGCCUGACUCCCUGAGCCCCCUGAUUGGGAGUUUCUAUGGCUCCCAGCUCCCAGAGAGGAUCGAGAGCAGCAGCAACAGCCUUUUCCUGGCGUUCCGGAGCGAUGCCUCCGUCAGCAACGCCGGCUUCGUCAUCGAGUACACAGAGAACCCCCGUGAGUCCUGCUUUGACCCAGGGUCCAUCAAGAAUGGCACCAGGGUGGGCACAGACCUGAAGCUGGGCUCCACCAUCACCUUCUACUGUGAUGGGGGCUACGACAUCGAGGGGGGCCCCACCCUCACCUGUGUGAUGGGAGGGGAUGGGAAACCCACCUGGAACAAGCCACGCCCCACCUGUACAGCUCCCUGUGGAGGGCAGUACACAGGCUCAGAUGGAGUCGUCCUGUCCCCAAAUUAUCCCCAAAACUACACCAGUGGCCAGGUGUGCCUGUACUCCAUCGUCGUGCCCAAGGACUAUGUGCUCUUCGGGCAGUUUGCCUUUUUCCAGACGGCGCUCAAUGACGUGCUGGAGGUGCACGAUGGCCCCACGGAGCACUCACGGCUGCUCAGCUCCCUCUCGGGCUCUCACUCAGGGGAAUCUUUGCCAUUGGCCACCACCAACCAGAUCCUCAUCAAAUUCAGCUCCAAGGGUCAAUCCACGGCCAAAGGCUUUCAUUUUGUCUACCAAGCCGUGCCCCGCACCAGCGCCACGCAGUGCAGCUCGGUGCCGGAGCCGCGGCACGGCCGGCGCCUGGGCAGCGACUUCGCCGUGGGCGCCCUGGUGCGCUUCGAGUGCAGCCCCGGAUACAGCCUCAGAGGCUCCCCUGCCAUCCAGUGCCUGGCCAUGCCCGGGGCCCUGGCUCAGUGGAACUCCUCCGUCCCCACCUGCGUUGUGCCCUGCGGGGGGAACCUGACAGAGAGGAAAGGAACCAUCCUGUCCCCAGGCUUCCCUGAGCCCUACCUGAACAGCCUCAACUGCGUGUGGAAGAUCACAGUGCCCGAGGGAGCAGGGAUUCAGAUCCAGGUGAUCAGUUUUGUCACAGAGCAGAACUGGGAUUCCCUGGAAGUGUUUGAUGGAGGAGACAACACAGCCACCAUGCUGGGGAGCUUCUCUGGAACCACGGUGCCUGCGCUGCUCAACAGCACUUCAAACCAGCUCUAUCUGCAUUUCUAUUCCGACAUCAGCGUCUCCGCUGCCGGCUUUCACCUGGAAUACAAAACCGUGGGCCUCUCCAGCUGCCCGGAGCCGGCGGUUCCUGGGAAUGGGCUGAAGAUCGGCGAGCGCUACCUGGUGAACGACGUGGUGUCCUUCCAGUGCGAGCCCGGCUACGCCCUGCAGGGCCACUCUCACAUCUCCUGCAUGCCGGGCACGGUGCGCCGCUGGAAUUACCCUCCACCCCUCUGCAUUGCCCAGUGUGGAGGAACGGCAGAGGAGAUGGAAGGAGUGCUCCUGAGCCCAGGAUUCCCAGGAAAUUACCCCAGCAACCUGGACUGCACGUGGAGGAUCCUGCUGCCCGUGGGGUUUGGUGCCCACAUCCAGUUCCUGAACUUCUCCACGGAGCCCAACCACGACUUUGUGGAGAUCCGUAACGGGCCCUACGACACCAGCGGCAUCAUCGGGCGCUUCAGCGGCGCCGAGCUGCCCGGCUCCCUGCUCUCCACUUCCCACGAGACCACCGUGUACUUCCACAGCGACCACUCCCAGAACAAACCCGGCUUCAAGCUGGAGUACCAAGCCUACGAGCUGCAGGAAUGCCCCGACCCGGAGCCCUUUGCCAACGGGGUGGUGCGAGGAGCUGGCUACAACGUUGGCCAGUCCAUCUCCUUCGAGUGCCUGCCUGGCUACCAGCUCAUCGGGCACCCCGUGCUCACCUGCCAGCACGGCACCAACAGGAACUGGGACCACCCCCUCCCCAGGUGUGAAGUGCCUUGUGGGGGCAAUGUCACAGCCCAGAAUGGGACAGUUUACUCUCCUGGCUUCCCCAACCAGUACCCAAAUUCCCAGGAUUGCACCUGGCUGCUGACAGUGCCCGUGGGGUAUGGGAUCCACCUGAACUUCACCCUGCUGCAGACGGAGCCCUACAACGACUUCAUCACUGUCUGGGAUGGGCCCCAGCAAACAGCCCCCCAGCUGGGGGUGUUCACGGGCAACUCGGCCAAGAAAUCUGCCCAGAGCUCCUCCAACCAGGUCCUGCUGAAAUUCCACAGCGACGGCGCCAACGGAGGCAUCUUCGCCAUCUACUUCUAUGCUUUCCAGCUUUUCCGCUGCCAGCCUCCCACCAUGGUUCCCAACGCCGAGAUCGUCACAGAAAACGAGGAGUUCAACAUCGGUGACAUCGUCAGGUACCGGUGCCUCCCCGGCUUCACCCUGAUCGGGAACGAAAUCCUCACCUGCAAACUGGGCACCCACCUGCAGUUUGAGGGGCCCCCACCCACCUGUGAAGUGCACUGCCCCAUGAACCAGCUGAUGACGGAUUCCACCGGCGUGAUCCUGAGCCAGAGCUUCCUGGGGAGUUACCCCCACUUCCAGACCUGCUCCUGGGUGGUGAAGGUGGAGCCAGGAUACAACAUCUCCCUCACCAUCGAGUACUUCCUCAGCGAGAAGCAGUUUGAUGAGUUUGAAAUCUUCGAUGGUCCCUCGGGGCAGAGCCCCCUGCUGCUGUCCCUCAGUGGGAAUUACUCAGCCCCUCUGACCGUCACCAGCAGCGGGAACAGCGUCUUCCUGCGCUGGUCCUCCGACCACGCCUACAACAGGAAAGGCUUCAAAAUCCGCUACUCUGCUCCCUACUGCAGCCUCCCGCAGCCCCCAGCCCACGGGAUGAUCCUGAGCCACUCUGGGCUGCGCCCCGGCAGCUCCGUGCGCUUCGGCUGCGACGCCGGCUACCGCCUGGUGGGACACAGCACCUCCACCUGCACCCAGCACCCCCAGGGCCACUUCCACUGGAGGGAAGCCACCCCCCUGUGCCAAGCUCUCUCCUGUGGCAUUCCCAGAGCCCCAAGGAACGGGGUUGUCUUUGGGAAGGAGUACACAGUGGGCACCAAGGCCGUGUACCAGUGCAAUGAAGGAUUCCAGCUGCAGCCAGGAGCCGAGCCCAGCACCGAGUGCCUGCAGGAGGGAGUGUGGAGCAACGGGAACCAGCCCCCUCUGUGCCUGGUUAUCUCCUGUGGGGACCUGCCCACGCCUCCCAACGGGAACAAGAUCGGGACCCUCACCAGCUAUGGGGCCACUGCCAUCUUCUCCUGCAACACUGGCUACACCCUGGUGGGCUCCCGGGUCAGGGAGUGCAUGGCCAACGGGCUCUGGAGCGGGGCUGAGGUCAGGUGUCUGGCCGGGCACUGUGGCGUGCCCAGCCCCAUUGUGAACGGGCAGAUCAACGGGGAGAACUACAACUACCGCGGCAGCGUGGUGUACCAGUGCCAGCCCGGCUUCCGCCUCAUCGGCAUGUCCGUGCGCAUCUGCCAGCAGGACCACCGCUGGUCCGGGAGAACGCCUGUCUGUGUGCCCAUCACCUGUGGCCACCCUGGCAACCCCCCCAACGGCCUCACCCAGGGCUCCCAGUUCAACCUCAAUGACGUGGCCAAAUUCCAGUGCAACCCCGGCUUCCGCCUGGAGGGAGCUUCCCAAUCCCAGUGCCUGGCCAAUGGCCAGUGGAGCAGCACCCUGCCCUCCUGCCGAGUUGUGAACUGUUCUGACCCCGGGCACCUGGAAAACAGCGUCCGGCAAGUGCAGCCGAGCGGCCCCCACAGGUUCAGCUUCGGCACCACCGUGUCCUAUCAGUGCAUCCACGGAUUUUAUCUGUUGGGAACGCACGUCCUGACGUGCCAGGGCGAUGGCACGUGGGACAGAGCCCUCCCCCAGUGCCUUUUGGUGUCGUGUGGCCACCCCGGGUCCCCUCCCCACGCGCAGAUCUCGGGGGACAAGCACACGGUGGGCUCCGUGGUCAGGUACAGCUGCCUGGGCCGGCGCACGCUGGUGGGCAAUGCCACGCGGAUGUGCCAGCUGGAUGGGCGCUGGAGCGGCUCCCUGCCGCACUGCUCAGGGGGCAGCCAGGGCGUGUGUGGCGACCCCGGGAUCCCUUCCCAUGGGAUCGGGCUGGGGGACGCCUUCGACGUGGGCAGCGUGGUGAGGUUCAGCUGCGAGCCCGGCUACUCCCUGCGGGGCUCCUCCGAGAGGAUCUGCCACUCCAACGGCUCCUGGAGCGGCACGCAGCCCGAGUGCGAAGUGAUUUCCUGUGGGAACCCUGGGACACCCAGCAACGCCAGGGUGAUCUUCAACGACGGCCUGGUGUUCUCCAGCUCCAUCAUCUACCAGUGCAGGGAGGGUUAUUAUUCCACUGGGGUGCUGAGCAGGCACUGCACCGUCAAUGGCACCUGGACUGGCACCAGCCCCGAGUGCACUGUGAUCAACUGUGGAGACCCUGGUGUGCCGGCCAACGGGCUGAGGCUGGGCAGUGACUUCACCUACAACAAAUCCGUGGUGUUCCAGUGCACUCCUGGCUUCAUGAUGGAGUCAGACAGAGCAGCUGCCCUCACCUGCACCAAGGACCGCACCUGGAACGGCACCAAACCCGUCUGCAAGGCCAUCACCUGCAGAGCUCCCCAGGCCAUUCCCAACGGCAAGGUGGUGGGAUCAGAUUUCAGCUGGGGUUCCAGCAUCAGCUACGCCUGCCUGGAGGGUUACCAGCUGUCCCUGCCCGCCGUGCUCACCUGCGAGGGCAACGGCUCCUGGAGCGGGGAGAUCCCCCAGUGCUUCCCCGUGUUCUGUGGGGACCCAGGGACCCCAGCCCAGGGCAGGAGGGAGGACAGAGGCUUCACCUACCGCUCCUCCGUGUCCUUCUCCUGCCUGGCGCCGCUGGUGCUCGUGGGGUCGGCGCGCAGGUUCUGCCAGUCCGACGGCACCUGGAGCGGGACCCAGCCCAGCUGCAUCGAUCCCAGCCUCACGACGUGUGCGGAUCCCGGAGUGCCUCUUUUUGGGAUGCAGAACAAUUCCCAGGGAUACCAGGUGGGAAGCAUCCUGUUCUUCAGGUGCCAGAAGGGAUAUCUCCUGCAGGGCUCCACCACCAGGACCUGCCUGCCCAACCUGACCUGGAGCGGCGUCCAGCCCGACUGCGUCCCCCACCACUGCAAGCAGCCCGAGACCCCAUCCCAUGCCAACGUGGGUGCCCUGGACCUGCCCUCCCUGGGCUACACCUUGAUCUACUCCUGCCAGAGCGGCUUCUACCUCACCGGGGGCUCCGAGCACCGCACCUGCAAAGCCGAUGGCAGCUGGACAGGGAAACCCCCCAUCUGCCUGGCCGAUGUCCGGCCCAGCGGGAGGCCCGUGGGCACCGCGCGGGAGCCGCCGCUCGCCAAGGCCUCAGUGCCUGCGGAUGUGUUUGCAAGGAAUUCCCUGUGGAAAGGCUCCUACGAGUACAUGGGGAAGAAGCAGCCAGCCAUGCUCUCUGUCACCAGCUUUGACCCUGCCACCAGCAAGGUCAACGCCACCUUGAUCGACCACAGCGGGGUGGAGCUCCAGGUGUCGGGGAUUUACAAGAAGGAAGACGUGCACCUGCUGCUCCAGGUGUACCAGAUCAUGGGGCCACUGGAGAUCUUUGCCAACAAGUUCAGGAAUGACAAAUGGGCUCUGGAUGGACACGUCUCGUCGGAGUCCUCGAGUGGCACCUUCGUGUACCAGGGCUUUGUGCGUGGCAAAGGCUUCGGGCAGUUUGGCCUCCAGAGACUUGACAUCAGCAUGAUGGAAAAUGAUCCUGAAUCCAUAGGCCACCACUUUGCAUCCAACAGCAGCUCCGUGGCAGCCGCCAUCCUUGUGCCUUUCAUCGCCCUGAUUAUUGCAGGGUUUGUGCUUUAUCUCUACAAACACAGGAGGAGACCCAAAGUCCCGUUCAACGGCUACGCCGGCCACGAGAACACCAACGUGAGGGGCACCUUUGAGAACCCCAUGUACGACAGGAACCUGCAGCCCUCAGACAUCAUGGCAGGCGAGGCCGAGUUCACAGUGAGCACGGUGUGCACGGCCGUAUAGCGCCGUCCCCGCGCGAUUCCCGUGGCCGGUGUCCAGUGUGGAUGACUGUCCCACCUCACCAUCCAUCCAUCCAUCCCCUCCCCACCUCCCUGCUCCCACCCCCGCCGAGGCCGUGGGGAAGCUGCUGCACCUCCCUGGAAUUCCCGAGGGGCUGCUGGAUCCACCUCCAACCUCCAUCCUGCUGGAUCUCCAAGCCAAAGGUUCUGCUCCGGCCCCGCUCCCAGAGCUCGGGAAGGCCUGGUGGUGGGAAGGCUUUCCCCAGCUGCUCCUGGAAGGAGCUUCCCAAACUUUGGGAAGAGCUUGGGCGACAAAGAGGUUGUGCACAAGGUGCUGGAUUCUGUGGGAAACACCUGGAUGAGACAGGAUGAGGAUUUGUGUGUCUGGGUUUGGGUUUCUGGGUUAUUUUUUUGGUUGGAUUUCCUACCCCAGGGCUUGAGCAGAGGAAGGGUUUUCAAAGGGGAGCUUUCCAAACCUUGGGAAGCUUUUCCCCUCUUCCCUGUGUUUGGUUUUCCUUUGGGCAUUCCUGGCUGGAUUUACAGAAAACACCUGGAUGGGACAAGAUGAGGAUUUGGGGUUUCUGUAUUUGGGGUUCUGGGUCAUUUCUUGGUUGGAUUUUUUACCCCAGGGCUUGAGCAGAGGAAAGGUUUUCAAAGGGGAGCUUUCCAAACCUUGGGAAGCUUUUCCCCUCUUCCCUGUGUUUGAUUUUCCUUUGGGCAUUCCUGGCUGGAUUUAUGGAUAACACCUGGAUGGGAUAGGAUGAGGAUUUGGGUUUUCUGCAUUUGGGUCUCCGGGUUAUUUCUUUGUUGGAUUUUCUACCCCAGGAAGAGUUUUCCAAGUGGGACCUUCCCAAAAGCUUCCCUCUUCCCUGUGCUUGAUUUUCCUUUGGGCAUUCCUGGCUGGGUUUUUCCUGCCAGGAAUGUUCCCCCUGAUCUGAGCUGGGCCCAAAUCCCUGAUCAGGAAUUCACUGCCAGGCGAUUCCUGAAGGGACAGGAACAUCCAAAGGGACAAAAAUCCUCUCUGAAAAGAACUCCACACUAAUUCCCCCAAAAGCUUCCCAAAUCCUUUGCCCUUUCCAGACUGAUCCUGGCAAUGCCAGAGGAGUUUUAAUUCCCAUCCCAAGCUGCUCCCUUUAUUUCCCAGGUGCACCGAGGUUUCCUGGGAUUUUGUGGGAGCAGGGAAGGCUCUGGAUCCUUGUGAUCCAAAGUUUGCUUGGAGUCACUUUUUCUAGGAUCAGGGGAGGCAGAAGUGCCAUUCCCAGGUCACUGAGUCCAGGAGGCUCCAAGGAAAAUCAGGAUGAACCCUCUGGAAUGGGGGUUUCCAUCCAUGCUCCCAUUCCAGCAUGGAUUUUCUCCUCCCUGAAGCUCUGCCUGGGAUAAUUUGGGAAUUUUUGUUGGUUUAUCCUUGAUUUUCUGGAUGUAAAUACAUCAAUAUUUUAUUUUUGUUACUCCCGGCUCUCCCACAGGGAGCAGAAUCCCCAGCCUGCCAAAAAAAUGCCGCCUGUGCUCCCAAAAAUGUCACUUCUGCUCCCAAAAAUCCCACCAAGGUGCUCUGAUUUGUCCCUGGGAAGCGGGAGCUGGAUCCUGAGCCCUGAUCCAGCAUGGGCAGGGGCCAGGGAAAUGUUCCCACAUGGAUUUGGGGAGGAUCCCAGGGUGAAAUUACACGGGCAGAUGGAUUGGGAUGGUGUCAAUCCCAGCGGGACUCCAAGGGAAUGUUCCCCUCUUCCCUUGUCCCCUCUCCAUCCUGCCAGGGCUGGAACAAGGCUGGGAGAACCCCUUGGAAUCCUUGGAUCCCACCCUGCCUCCAGCUGGGCUCUCCUGGCCCAUCCCUGAUCUUUUCCAAGCUCAAUUAUCCCUAAAAACCCUGGAACCCAACCCAAACCCCUGCUCUGCCACGUCCCAGUCCCAAUGCCCAAAAUUCCAACGAUCCCUGGAAGCAGAGCUUGGAUCUCUUCCAGGUUCUUCUCCAAAUUCCAGGGAAUCCUCCCCUGGCUGCUCCAGGUGAUGCUUGCCACACCUGGCUCCCACUCAUUCCAUGGAAAAUCCAGGAGUGCAAAAUAAAUCCAAAAUAUUUAAAACCACCCAAGCAGGGAGAAGAGGGAGCUCGACUUUAAUGGAAUUUGCUGCUUCGGAUCCAUGAAUUCCCUUUUCCUGCUGUUGCCCAGGGAGCCAAGGAAGUGGGAAAAGGGGUUUGUCCCAUUUUUUUUGCAAUCUGGCUGAGAUCUGCUCCAUGCCAUUCUCCAUCCUUGUGCCCAGAGGACUUGCAUAUGGUAAAAAAAAAAAAAAUGGGAAAAAGGGAAAAAAAUGAAAA